GGCGGCGAGGCCAUCGCCGACAUGCUCCAGGAGAACUACAAGCUCCAGGAGCUCGACGUGGCCUGGAACAAGAUCCGCAAGGACUCCGCGAAGGAGCUCGGCAUGGCGCUCGCGCACAACUCCACUUUGACGAAGCUCAACCUGGCCUACAACGCCUUCCAGGACGAGCCGGCCCAGUUCCUUGGCAUCGCCCUCGCCGCCAACGGCGCGCUGAAGGAGCUGGACCUGUCCUACAACGCCAUCACGCCCACGGCGGCCAUGGUCAUCGCGUCCGCGUUCACUUCCAACAGUACGCUCCACAAGCUC